AUGCGAGGGAUGAGCCCAGACCAGAAGUACUACCUCCUUUCUGGGAGGGGCGAACUCUCACCAAGCCAACGGAUCAAUUACACAAACGCGGUGCUGUGUUUACAAAACCUGCCGAACCAGGUUCCCACGGCAGACUAUCCGGGCGUUCGGAGCCGCUUUGAUGACUUUGUGGCAACCCACAUCAAUUACACUCUGCAUACUCACUACAGCGAUACUGGAACUGGCCACUGUGGGCAGGCAACCUUGCCACAAGCCCACUCUUCGAUGGCAGUGAGACAUCCAUCUCCGGUGAUGGAGAAUACAACCCAGGCGAACAAAACAUGUCUGGCGGGAACAUCACUCUACUCCGAGGCUCGGGGGGGAGGCUGUGCCAAGAGCGGGCCCUUUAAAGACAUGAAAGUGCAUAUGGGCCCAUUCCCAGGCUCUUUGACUUCCCUCACAGAGAUCCCGGCUCCACGCUUCGAAUACAACCCACGCUGUUUGAAUCGUAGUCUCAACGAUUUCGUCUCCAGCCGGUACACCAAUUCCACCCUUGUUUCCACUCUCAUGAAGACCAGCAAGAUUGCCGAUUUUCAAAUGGUCCUUGACCAUUGGCCACCUCGAGAGGACGGAGUCCUCGGCCUUCAUGGCGGAGGCCACUUUAGUAUCGGAUCAACAAUGCAAGAUCUAUUCGGAUCGAGUCAGGAUCCUGCCUUUUUCCUGCAUCAUUCACAGAUCGAUCGAUUGUGGGCGAAGUGGCAAGAUGUGGACGCGAACCGGCGGAAUGCGUUGAACGGGACGAGUACCAUCUUGAAUCCGCCGAGCGCGGACCCCGUGACUUUGGAAACAAUAAUGGACUUUGGGUAUUUAGAUUCCCCCCGACCGGUUCAUGAGGUCAUGAGUCCCUUGGCCAAUGGGUUUUCUUAUGUGUAUACUUAA